CGGCUGGCGGCGGCGGGAGCGGGGCUGGCGCCGCAGGAGCAGACGUGCCGCAGGGCGGGGGACACGGCUGUCACCACGGAGUCCGCCAGUAGCAACACCGCGGCGGCCACCGCCGCUUCGCGGGCCGCGGGCGCCGGGGACCAGGCAACCUCACUACCCCCGCCCAGGAUGCAGCGCAGGAAGAGGAACGCGGGCAGCAGCUCGGAUGGGACGGAGGACUCGGAUUUCUCCACGGACCCCGAGCACACGGACAGCUCCGAGAGCGACGGCACCUCCCGCAGAUCCGCCCGCGUCACCCGCUCCUCGGCCCGCCUCAGCCAGAGCUCACAGGACUCCAGCCCGGUGCGCAGCGCGGCGCCGUUCGGGCCGGACGAGCCGGUGUACUCCACGCGCAGGGUGACCCGCAGCCAGCAGCAGCCAGCUCCUGUCACCCCCAAGAAAUACCCGCUGCGCCAGACCCGCUCCUCGGGCUCCGAGACCGAGCAGGCCGUGGACUUCUCGGACAGAGACACCAAGAACGCGGCCGAGCACGACGAGUCCCCGCCGCGCACGCCCACGGGCAACGCGCCCUCCUCGGAGUCGGACAUCGACAUCUCCAGUCCCAACGUGUCCCACGACGAGAGCCUGGCCAAGGACAUGUCCCUGAAGGACUCGGGCAGCGACCUCUCGCACCGGCCCAAGCGCCGCCGCUUCCACGAGAGCUACAACUUCAACAUGAAGUGUCCCACGCCCGGCUGCAACUCCCUGGGACACCUGACCGGGAAGCACGAGCGCCACUUCUCCAUCUCGGGGUGCCCUCUGUACCACAACCUCUCAGCAGAUGAGUGCAAGGUGCGAGCACAGAGCCGGGACAAGCAGAUUGAGGAGCGGAUGCUGGCCCACAGGCAGGAUGACAACAACAGGCACGCCACCAGGCACCAGGCCCCCACAGAGAGGCAGCUGCGCUACAAGGAGAAGGUGGCUGAGCUCAGGAAGAAGAGGAACUCGGGGCUCAGCAAGGAGCAGAAGGAGAAAUACAUGGAGCACAGGCAGACCUAUGGCAACACCAGGGAGCCUCUCCUGGAGAACCUGACCAGCGAGUACGACCUGGAGCUGUUCCGCAGGGCCCAGGCGCGCGCCUCCGAGGACCUGGAGAAGCUGAGGCUGCAGGGGCAGAUCACCGAGGGCAGCAACAUGAUCAAGACCAUCGCGUUCGGGCGCUACGAGCUGGACACGUGGUACCACUCGCCCUACCCCGAGGAGUACGCGCGCCUCGGCCGCCUCUACAUGUGCGAGUUCUGCCUCAAGUACAUGAAGAGCCAGACCAUCCUGCGCAGGCACAUGGCCAAGUGUGUCUGGAAGCACCCGCCGGGGGACGAGAUCUACCGCAAGGGCUCCAUCUCUGUCUUCGAGGUGGAUGGCAAGAAAAACAAGAUCUACUGUCAGAACCUGUGUCUGCUGGCAAAGCUUUUCCUGGACCACAAAACCCUCUAUUAUGAUGUGGAACCCUUCCUCUUCUACGUCAUGACAGAGGCUGACAACACUGGCUGCCACCUGAUUGGCUAUUUCUCCAAGGAGAAGAAUUCCUUCCUCAACUACAACGUGUCCUGCAUCCUGACCAUGCCCCAGUACAUGAGACAAGGCUAUGGCAAAAUGCUCAUUGACUUCAGCUAUUUGCUGUCUAAGGUAGAGGAGAAGGUUGGCUCCCCAGAGCGUCCCCUGUCCGACCUGGGCCUGAUCAGCUACAGGAGCUACUGGAAGGAGGUUCUGCUGCGGUACCUGCACAACUUCCAGGGCAAGGAGAUCUCCAUCAAAGAGAUCAGCCAGGAGACCGCUGUGAACCCCGUGGACAUCGUCAGCACCCUGCAGGCCCUGCAGAUGCUCAAGUACUGGAAGGGCAAACACCUGGUCCUCAAGAGACAGGACCUGAUUGAUGAGUGGAUCGCCAAGGAGGCCAAGAGGUCCAACAGCAACAAGACCAUGGAUCCCAGCUGCCUCAAGUGGACCCCUCCCAAGGGCACCUAGGUGUCCCCAGCAGCGUCCCCAGCAGAGGAGGAUGCGUGUGCUCGGCUCUGCAGUGUCCCCAGGGCGGGUCACCGGGCUGGCCUGGCCUGGCCCCGUGUCCCCACAGUUCUGAGGAACUCGGGGGGUUCGGCCUCAGUGAGGCCGCGAGGACUGGAGGGGUCUGGGAGCCCCGGGGAGCUGAGGAGCUCUGGCUGCUGGGCCUGUCCCUGUCCCUGCUGUCCUGCUCCGUCCCUCUGUCCCUCCUGCAGCUCCCCUGGGGCUGGGACAGCGCUGGAAAUGCUUCUGUGGGGCAGCCCUCCUCUGCCCCAUGCCUGGAAUAGCUGUAGUGGCAUCACUGCCCCUCUCCCAGCAGUUUUCCCUAGGACCCGGCAGAUCUUCACUUAGUUUCCUGUUGUACAGCCAGAAUUGCACCUCCUGCACACCUGAGGGAGUCCCUGGGUGUCCCUGCCACCCCUGCUGGAGCCACCACAGCCCUGCUGGAAGCACCUCUGGAUAGAAUUCCCAUUUUUUCCUGGUGUGUAUCUCGUGGAAUUGCUGAGUUCCUGUACAUAAAGCACCCGCUGAGUGUAUUCCCCUGGAGAUGUUUUUCCCAGAGCAGCCUUCCUGGAACUGCAGGUCCCUUUUUAUUGGAGCUGUUUUCCCCUCCAGGCUGAAGGAAUCCGAACUUUGGCCUUUUCCAAAGAGCCACAGGAACUCCCAGCCCCAAUUCCAGGAGCUGUUGGGCUGCUGUGCUGUGGGAGGGAUGGAAUCCCUGGUAGAGCAAAAAAAAAAAAAAAAAACAAAAAAAAACCCCAAAAAAAAGCUUUGAUUCCUCCCUCCCAUCAGCAGAAAUAUCCCAAAAUGGGCUCCCAGUAAAACCACUGUCCUUGUGCCACCCAUCCCUGGGUGGCUCCAUUGUCACUGACAGAGGGACAGCCUGGGAAGGGCUGAAUUCCCUGGUCCCAGGGCUGAUUUCAGUGAUCCCAGGGCUGAUUUUGGUGAUCCCAGUGCUGAUCUGUGACCCCAGUAUUGAUCUCAGUGGUCCCAGUGCUGAUUCCUCCAUCCCAGUGCUGAUCUCAGUGAUCCCAGGGCUGAUUUGUGAUCUCCAGUGCUGGAUUCCCUGUUCCCAGUGCUGAUUUCCUCCAUUCCAGUGCUGAUUUCCUGAUCCCAGGGCUGAUUUCAGUGAUCCCAGUGCUGAAUUUCUCCAUGCCAGUGCUGAUUCCCUGAUCCCAGUGAUCCCAGUGCUGGAUUCCCCGUUCCCAGUGCUGAUUUCAGUGAUCCCAGGGCUGAUUUCAGUGAUCCCAGUGCUGGAUUCCCUGUUCCCAGUGCUGAUUUCAGUGAUCCCAGUGAUCCCAGUGCUGCAUUCCCUGUUCCCAGUGCUGAUUUCCUGAUCCCAGGGCUGAUUUCAGUGAUCCCAGUGCUGGAUUCCCUGUUCCCAGUGCUGAUUUCCCCCACCCCAGCGAUUCCUCACGGAGCAGGGUGUGAAAUGAAGCACUCCUGGGAAGGUGGGAGCCAUUCCCAGUAACCACUGCCCCAUCCUGGCUGGAGAAGCUCCCUCCUGGUUCCCUCCUGUCCCCUGCCUUUCUCGUGGAGCCCCAGAGCACCUCCACCCCCUCGGUGCUCACCGUGGGCCUCGUGGGCAUUACUGUCCCUGCUGUCCCUGCUGUCCCCAGCUCAGAUCCCAGGGAUGUCCCAGCAGGGCUCCUGCUCCCCUCCCUGCUGGGCUCUGCUGCUCCUGUGCCCACUCCUCAAUAAAAGCAUGUUCCUGCUGCA